UUAUAAAUAUGCAUGUCUUUCUUUACAAUGAAGAAUCAUAUAUAGAAAGUUCAUUAAAUAAUUAGGUUUGUACCCUGUUAUUAAUCUUUUCAUCCAUUUAUUUUAUUAUGAAUGUUUCUCUUAAUAUAAAAAAUAAUCUUUCAAAUAGUUUUUUCUGCAAUUUAAAAAUAAUGACAACAAUUUAGUGUUAACAAGAUUAAUGAAAAAAAUUUCAAGUAAUAGAUCAAAAAAAUAAAAAGAAGAGAAAAAAAGGAAAAUAAAAGAGAGAGGGAGGCGGACGUGCAACUGCAAAGUGCAAACCAUUUAACUAAGAGAUGCAAAAUAUUUUUUUUCAAUAAAAGCUCACACGUGCAAAAAGUCCUAUUACCACAAUGCACCGUGUGGCAGGGUGCAGGGCAUAAAUUGUCAUUAAAUGUAGGAUGUAACACUGCCAAAGUGUCGAACAAAUAUCCACCUAUUUGAGGGCCACGAAGAGAGAGCUUUUGCAUCACAUCCAUGGCUGCAACAUCAAAGCUAGUGUUCAUCUUCAUCUUCUCCAUCUUCACUAUUACAAUUUCUCCCAUCUCAAGCUCCACCACUCAGCACCCACUAGACCCUUUGAGUCCAAAGGAGCUAACCCUGGUCCAAACAAUUGUCCGGAACUCAUUUAUCUUCCAAAAACACCAGCUUAUUACAUUCCAUUAUGUAGGGCUAGAUGAACCAAACAAAGCACAUAUCCUUUCUUGGCUAUCAAAACCCCAAACUGAACCCCCACCUCGACGAGCCCUGGUCAUUACUCGUUACAAUAAACAAAGCCAUGAAUUUAUAGUAGACUUAUCAACAAGUUCCAUCGUAGGUACUCAAGUCUAUAAUGACUAUGGCUACCCUACACUUGCUGCUGAUGAACAAGUAGCAGCAAAUAAAUUGCCACUAACAUAUGGCCCUUUUAUUGAAUCAGUUAAAUCGAGAGGCCUUAAUUUAUCUGCUGUUGUUUGUGCUUCAUUUACUGUAGGUUGGUUUGGGAAGGAUAGGAAUAGAAGAGUGGUAAAAGUUCAGUGUUUUCAUAUGAAUGACACAGUUAAUUUAUUCCUUCUUCCAAUUGAAGAGAUAAAAAUGAUUGUUGAUCUUGAUGAAAUGAAGAUUAUUGAAUAUAAUGAUAAUGAAAGGAUUCCUGUUCCAAAAGCUGAGGGGACUGAUUAUAGAUUAUCGAAGCAGAAACCGCCUUUUGGUCCUCGUAUCAAUCGUGCAGCUAUCUUACAACCUGAUGGACCAGGGUUCAAAAUUGAUGGCCACACUAUCAAAUGGCUCAACUGGGUUUUUCAUCUAGCAUUUGAUGCACGAGUUGGUCUAGUAAUAUCACUAGCAUCUAUUUGCGAUCAGGAAAAGCACAAGCAUCGCAGUGUAUUAUACAGAGGGCAUAUAUCUGAGCUCUUUGUUCCAUACCAGGAUCCCACACAGGAUUAUUACUUCAAAACCUUUUUUGAUUGUGGAGAAUAUGGGUUCGGUUUUUUGGCUGCUUCAUUAGUGCCACUAGCCGAUUGCCCCAACAAUGCAGUGUUCAUGGAUGGGUACCAUGCUGGACAAGAUGGUACACCUGUUCAAGUACCAAAAGUAUUUUGCAUAUUCGAAAGGCAUGCAGGUGAUAUUAUGUGGAGACACACUGAAUUAGCCAUUCCUGAUGAAACGAUAACUGAGGCAAGGCCAGAAGUGAGCCUGGUGGUGAGAAUGGUUGCUACAAUCGGUAACUACGACCAUAUUUUGGACUGGGAAUUCAAGCCAAGUGGUUCUAUCAAUGUACAGGUUGGUUUGAGUGGAAUUCUAGAGGUGAAGUCAUCAACAUAUACUUAUUCGGAAGAGAUAGAUGAGGAAGUUUAUGGAACACUAUUAGCAAAUAAUACAAUCGGUUUGUACCAUGAUCAUUUUCUGACAUAUCGUCUUGAUCUUGACAUUGAUGGUGUUGAUAAUUCGUUGGUUAAGCAGAAAUUAGUAACUAAAACAGUGACUAAUAAGACCACACCAAGAAAGAGUUAUUGGACAGUUGUAAGUGAAACAGCCAAGACUGAAUCAGAUGCCAAAAUUAAAUUAGGGCAAGCACCUGCUGAACUGGUGGUUGUGAAUCCAAAUAAGAAAACAAAACCUGGAAACAUUCAUGGUUAUCGUUUAAUACCAGGGCCAGUGGCGCAACCACUUCUACUAGAGGAUGACUAUCCACAAAUUCGCGGAGCAUUCACUAAAUAUAAUGUGUGGAUUACCCCAUAUAACAAGUCUGAGAUAUGGGCAGGUGGACGGUAUGUUGAUCAAAGCCAUGGCCAAGAUACAUUAGAUGUUUGGACCCUCAGGAAUAGGAAGAUCGAUAACAAGGACAUAGUGUUAUGGCAUGUGAUAGGGAUUCAUCAUGUCCCUUGCCAAGAAGACUUCCCGUUGAUGCCAACAUUAAGUAGUGGAUUUGAGCUUCGACCAACUAAUUUCUUUGAGUUCAAUCCUGUUUUGAAGGUCAUACCUCCUAAGCCUGUAGAAACCUAGUCUACUUUCAGGGAGAGGAAAUCGGAAUGUAACUCCAACUCGUUCAUGAUUAUGCUAUUAAAGUUGCUCUAUCAAUAAGUUUCUAUGAAAACAAUAUUAAGGAGCUAAUGAAAGGAGUUAAUUUCUCCCCGAGUUUUCUGA